GCUCCCAUUUGCUAAUCCUGUACUGUGUAGUUAGUGAUCCAUCAACCAGCACGACUGAUGGUGAUGGACCUGAGGAGAUUAAAUUAACACGGAAGCACAUACUGAGGCGAAAAUAUGAAUUCCCCUCAAAUUCACGUGAGUUAUGUCAUGCAAAAUAAAAUAAUAGUAAUAGUGGACUGUACUCCACAUGAACUUGAAUGCAAUGCAGCUAGCAGAAAUGCUUCAAAAUGUAGAUAAUAGACAAAUAUUAUCAAUAAUGGUGAAACUGUAGUUUUUCUGCUUAAUGUUCGACACCGCCCUCCCGGAGUUUGUUUACACGGGCGAGGCUGGUGACCAUAACGCGCGCACCUCUUUUGUUUCCUCACCUCCAUGGUGACGAAUGCUAACCUGAGGUCAUCGGCGCUACUUUCAAACUUUCUCUUCGGGCAUUUGCUAUUUAAACAAUAUUUAUUGAUAUAAAAUUAGCUCCUAUGAUGGCUCGGUUGCCGGGAUAGCGUCCAUUUAUGUGGUGCUAAAAUUGGUCGUAUCUGUCGGACAAAAGUGUUUCCAUCCGCCUAAAGGAGUCAUGGAGAGCAUAUCGGAGAAGAAAUUCGUCAAUUUGAGGAGACGUCUGGACCAGCUGGGCUACAUGUAUCCUCUGGGGAUUGAAAACCUGCCGCUCGUCGAGAAGCUUUUUAGCGAUCUGGUCCACACGACCGAAAGCCUCCGCAAUGCGAAACUCUCAGCAAAGUCAUCAGAGAAAGAGAGCCAAGACUGUGACGUCCUCCUGGAGCCCUACAGGGUAGAUAAUGCCAGGCUGGUCAAGGAGAACAACUGCCUUCACCUUGAACUCCUCAAGGCAAAGGAGGAGAUGGAACACAUCAGCAGGGAAAUUUGCACUUGCCUCGUUUCAGAGCUGAAAGCCCGCAUUAGAAAACUGGACCACGACGUGUUCGACCUGAAGUUCUUGAACAAUCAGUACGCGCACAAGGUCCGCUGCCUGGAGAAAGACGGCAAGGCCAAAUCCGACCGGAUCCUGCAGCUGCAGGAGAAGAACUUGCAAGCGGUGGUGCAGACGCCAGGUGGGAAAAAGCGGAGCAUCGCUUUCCGACGUCAGCGAUUGCAGAUCGACGAGCUGAUCCCUCCUCCCGUGACGUGCGGGUAUCCCGCGGCCCAGCCUGAUGAUCCGUACAUAGCAGAUCUCCUGCAACUGGCUGAUAACAGGAUUCUUGAGCUGCAGGGCGAAAUCACAAAACUGAAAUCAGAGCUGGACAAUUCCCGUGAAUGUACUCAACUUUUAAAUACCCAAGUUGGCGAGAGGGACAAAGAAAUUGAGCGUCUGAACCGCGCGUUUCACGGAGGGCGACCUCGUGACGUCGUCACUUUGGAGGCGCAAAACGUCAGGAACGAGAAACUGAUCGCGCAACUCAACCUUCAGGUCGAGUGCCUCCAAGAGAGCAACAAAACGCUGGAGCAGAAGGUGGAGGGACUGCAGCACAAGUCCUCCAGCGAAGUCGCCGACCUCUCCUUGAAGAACUUUGAACUGUGUCAGGAGCUGACGCACAUCGACGACCUGGCCCAGCGGAUGGAGAUGGACAAGGAGCGAGCCCUGGAAAUGGCCGACGUGGAGUUGCGAGAGAGUAAAGAAGUGAUUCGAAGUCAACAAGGAGUCAUUGAAGAAUUGGAGGCGAAGCUUCAAAAGAUAACAGCAGAACUUUCUGAGCGGGACUUCGACAAAGGCUCCUUUGAAGAGCAGCUGCUGGAGCUCCGGAGGCAAAACGAGAAAUUGGAAGGAACGCUGCAAGUUCUGGAGCUCGAGAAAAGCAGGCUGCAGGAGAAAGUGGAGAAGAUGAUGUCUGCAGACAAAGAGAUGGUGCUGGAGCUGGAGGCCAUGCGGGCCAAACACGGCGUCUGCGGGAGGGAACGCUCGCCGUCGCGGCUCGACGCCUUCGUCAAGAGUCUGGAGGAGGAGCGAGACCGCUACCGCCAGGAAGCCGAACGCUGCCGACGCGUCCGAGGGAGCGGCAGUCCCGUCCGUAGUCCGGUCCGGAGCAGGAGUCCUGGGGGCGAUGUCAUGAGAGGAGGCGUCGCCGAGGCCGACACGCUCGCCGUGGUGAAGGAGCGCGACGAGCUGAAGGCGGCUCUGAAGGAAGCGGAGGAGCGAAGCGAGGAAAUCCAGACCAACGCGAAAGCCCUCAGCGCUGAGCGAGACCACUUCAAAGUCCUGUUUUACCAGGCGCAGGAACAGCAGCAGGACGCCCGGCAAAGCUCGGGCGCAUCUGAUGACGUUUUAAAUCUGAGAGAGGAGCUCAGGCUUGCAGAAAGUAAAAUUCUGCAGGUGAGGGCUGAAAGGGACUUAUUGAUGGAGGAGUUUAAGGGUGGCCAGACGGCCGAUCUCCACGAUGCGCAUGAUCAGGAACGGAGGAUUCUUGACAUGCAGAACGGCAUUCACCAUCUGGAACAGGAGAACUUGGAGCUGCGCUCAGAACUCUUUGCGCUGAAGGACGCCAAGCGGGAGGUGGAGCACAAGUUGGACCUCCAGUCGAGCGCUCUGCUUGAGAGCGCCGAGGAGGCGGCGCAGUACAGGAAAGCUUCUUUGGCACAGAGGCUGCAGCAGGAGCAGACGCAGCAGGAGCUCUCCGACCUCCAACGCAAGCUGUCUAUAAAGACCACCGAGCUGCGCGCCGCUCAAGAACAGAUGGAAAUACAGAACCAGACAACGGCGGUGCUGCGUCAGCAGGCGUCCAAGCACAAGCAGGAGGCCGACGUGCUUCGGGUCUCCUUCUCUGCGCUGGAUAAGGAGAAGGACGCCCUGCUGGAUGAGGUGGAUCAGAAGACGGAGAAGAUGGUCGUCCUUCAGGAGGAACUCGAAAACAAGGCAAAGACCCUUGAGGAUGUGAGGCUCACGGUCGGCACAAUGGACAAAUCUAUGUGUCAACUGCAGGGGGCGCUAAACAGCCGCGAGAGGGAGCUGGCCAGUCUGAGGAAGCAGCUGGACGACGCCGAGACGGAGCUGGCGGGACUGCGGAAAACCAGAGAGAUGGCAGCCAGGGAGAAGAGGAGCCUUCAGGACGACCUGACCACCAUGACCCGGGAGAACCAAGCGGUCCACGCGGAGAUGGAGGAAGCCUUGCGCGAGCGCGACGAGCUGAAACUCCGAGUGCAUUCUUACAUCACCGCAGUGGCCCGGAUUGAGAACCUGUUGAAGACAAAGGAUCAGGAGAACCUGGACCUGCUGUCCCGCUUCCGCACGGCCCUCUCGGACGUGCAGGAGCGCGAGCGCCGGCUGCGGCAGUUCGAGGAGCUCCGGAACUCCGUCCGCCUGGAGCUCCUCUCGUCCGACACGGAACGCCGGCACCUGCUCGAGGCCGUCGGCCACCAGAACCACGAGAUCCAGCAGCACGUGCAAGCCCUGCAGGCGUACGAGGACAAAGUGUCGUCGCAGGCUCGAGCCAUGGCCCGGCUCGAGGAGGAGCUGCGGAGGGCCCGGGAGGAGAACGCGUCGCUCGUCUCCGACUUGACCACCGUCAGGGAGUUGUGCGUCAAGCUGGAGGCGGCCAAGGAUCUGACCGCCCGACACGUCACGUCCAAGAACGUGGAGCUGGAAAGGGCGGAAGCCGAGCUGGAGGACGUCCGCUCCGAAGCGGAGCUGCUGACCAAGCAGCUGGCGGGCGAGCGGGCGACGGUCCGCAACCUGGAGACGCUUCUGUCCGCCAGUCGCCAGAAGGACAUCCAGACCCACCUGACGGCCAGCGAGAAGGAGUCCCAGCUCGAGGCCCUGCGCGACAGGCUCGCCCUGGCCGACGGCAAGAACGCCGAGCGCGCCAGGGACGUGUCCGACCUGCGCGACAAAGUCUCCGAGCUGCAGGCGGAGAUGGACGUCCUCAACCGGCAGCUGACGUCGGAGCGCUUUCACAACAAGCGGACCACGCAGGAGAUGCGCCGGCUCGGCGUGUCCAUCUCGCCGCCGCGCAGCUCGUCGUCGCUCAACGCCACGACGGCCUCGCGCGGCACGUCCAUCAACAGCUCCACGGACAAGUCGGACAAUUAAUUUUUUUUCCCCUUUAUGAACGCGACAAGACGCCGCUUCGAGCACUAGCCACGCCCCUUAAAGGCACACGAUCCAAUGCACGAAUACUAGAGUAUGUACAGUCAUCAAAUUUGAUGAAACUGGCUCGUCUUUAUGAUUUUACAUAAGAGUACUUUAUUUUUCUUUCAUAAAAACAGAACCAGAAAUGUGUUUUGUUUUGGGGUGCUGAAACAGAUUAAUGGCAUUUUUAUUAGUUGGUGUACAUAUGAGUUGAGUGUGAGCAAGUUAAAACUUGUUCGUCCAACUAUCAUUGUAAAUAUUAAGUGUAUCGGUAAUAUUUACUGUACAGUGAGGAAAAUAUUGAUUUCAGUACUUCAAUUUAAGAGUUACUGUUUCCGCUACACACACUCCUAGUUCAUGAAUUUUUGAAUAUAAUUUUGCUGAAUGCUAAUGGAAAAAAUGUACACCAACAUUAUAAAAAGGCCCAAAAAUAUUUUUUUACUAUUGAAAAGCUUAUUUUUGUUCAAACUAAUUAAAUGUUUCUACUUUAGUGCCAUUUUUUUGAGGUAUAAAAAGUAAAUAUUUGUUUUUGUUGUAAUGCUUUCUAUAAAUGAAAUUUCUCUGCCAGCAUUUGCCAAUUUGUAUUUAUUAAACCACAGAAUUAUGCUUGAAUUGUACAGUUUGUAUAUGUAUGUAUCCAUUUUUUUUCUUUGCUGAAUUGACAAUUUUUGCCAAAAUUUUCCACCGUAAAUGAACACGGGUCACGUUGACCCGUGUUCAUGUUUUCACCAUCAACAGAAAGGUAAACGCUUCUGCUCUUGUUUAAUCAAUUAAAAUAUAGAGCGUGAACAUUGAAAAAUAUGAACAUAAACCUCACCUGGCGUAACCUUUAUUGGGGCUGCUCUUUUUCCUUUUUUUUUUUUUUUUUUUUUUUUUUGUCCACCCCUGUUCAUUUCCUCUUGGCAAGAUUUAAAAAAUUCAAAUAAAAUAAAAAUAAAAUUUUAAAUACAGUAGCCUUUCAAUGAAAAGCAUUUAUCUCUGAAUUUUUAAUUUAAAAAAACAUUUUGGAUGACAAUAUUUGUUUAUACGUAUAUAAACAAAGUGUCAUUUUCUUAGUGGGCAGUGUUAGCACUAUGUGGUUCAUAAGUUAUACAAACGGAAUGAAUAAAUCAUAACUUUGCUUUAUACAAUUUGUAAUUGUAUUGCCUCACAACAAAUGCCCUAAAAAGAAGGGUAAAAUGUGAAUAAAAUGCAAAAUAUAAUUUUACAUUUCAAAUAUGUUUUUUUUUUUUUUUGAGUGUUCCUUUUUCUGAGUGUCUUCAGUACGUUUGAAAUGAAACCAAAAGCCGAUGUCAAAAAUUGAAC